AUGAUAGCUCUUGCUACAGCGACAUCAGGUGUCAUAGCUGUAAUAAUGCCUGGUGGAAGAACAGCACACUCCAGAUUUAAAAUCAAAAACCCAACAAUAGAUUCAUCUAUGUGUGGUAUAUCAAAGCGAGAUGGGAUAUCAAAACUCAUUAGAAUAGCUCGUCUAAUAAUUUGGGACGAGGCUCUUAUGGCUAAACGCGUUGCAAUUGAAACGUUGGAUAGAACACUAAGAGAUUUAAUGGAUCAAGAUGAACCAUUCGGCGGAAAAGUAAUUGUAUUUGGUGGUGAUUUCAGACAAGUUUUACCAGUGGUGCCUCGCUCAACAAGAUCACAAACUAUCAAAGAAAGUUUAGUAAGCUCAUAUUUGUGGAGCAAAAUGAUCAAACUACAACUUUCAAAAAAUAUGAGAGCAAAAUCAGACACCGCAUUCAGUGAAUUUCUUCUUAGGAUUGGGAAUGGAGAUGAACCAACAGUGACCCAAGAUCUCAUAAAACUACCUAAUGCAAUAUUGAUCAGAAUCAAGGGUACUUCUAUGAUGACAACCAAGGUCUUAAUAACAUCAGAUGGAAAAUUUGCAGAAGAGGAACAAUACACAAAGAAUGUUGUAUACAAGGAAGUUCUCCAUCCAAAGAACCACGAGGAAUAA